CUAUUUAUUAGCGGCGCGUUGCUCGUGUGAAAAUAUUUUCUGAAUUUCUGUUAUUAAAGUGAAAUAUUUUACAGUUUUCACAAAAAUUAUUGCGCUUGCAAUUUGUGUCGUGUGACAACUUUCGUAACAUAAAAGUUUAAGUAUAAAUACAAAGUAACUAUGUCACAGCUAAUCCGACAAGUAACGCUGCUAUCCUGUCGUACACCUAUCGCACAAUCGCAACGUUUCCGUGGUAAAAUCAAUAUACAACGUCCAAAGGCGCCCCACUAUGAACGUGCCAAGGUGCUAGCUGCCGCCCAAUAUUUGCCGGCUAAAAUCGAACAGCCCAAAAAGAAAAAAACAUGUUUUGAACGUCGACAACGUGAAGCAGAUGUAGAGAAUCCCUAUAUUGCGGUAAUUGCACGCGAAGUACGCAAUUGGUUUGAACAUUCACGUAUGGUUGGGUUCUAUCAUCUGAAUUCCAUCAAAGCUGACGAACUAUUCGACCUACGCGUACAACUGCACAAACAAAAUAUGCAUUUAAAAGCUUAUGGUAAAAAAAUUGUACAAAAAGCUGUUGAAGGCACACGUUUUGAAGCAAUUCUACCAUUAUUCGAAAGCAAUAAUUGUGUAGUUUUCUCAACUCAGCCGCAGGUGUCGCAACUUCUGCGCAUUACACGUCGUGUGCCACAAAUGUUAUUGAUGGCUGGUAUUGUUGACGAGCGUUUACUAAAUCGUAAUGAAUUAACGGCAUACGCACAAUUACCGGGUCUGCAGGCAGCGCAAGGAGAAUUAGUACAAACACUAAAUAUGGCAGCGAGCAAUGUUGUUCAGCAAUUGGAAACUCAUCAAAAGAAUUUUGUUAAUGUGCUCGAUGUAUACGCAAAGGGUGAGGCGAAUGAAAAUGCGCCUGCCAAGGAGGCAAACGAAGAGGAGAAGGUGUGAAGUGAAUUAAUACACUAGUGCCUAAAUAUUUAAUA